CACGCAAUCGCGAUAUCGAAACCAAAACUAGCAUUCAACGAGGGGAAUCGCAUACAUUUCGUCGUAUUGAACAACGAAGAGUGUUCAUGAUUAAAACAAGACUAACGAUGUUUACAAUGUAUUGAACAGCCUGGACAUGGAACUUGUUCUAAAGAAAGACAGCAUCGUUAAUCAAAAGGUUGAUGUAAUUGUAAACUCGACCCCGCCAAAUUUAAACUUGUCCGAUGGAGUGGUAUCACGGGCCAUACUGGAAAGAGCGGGAGACGCCAUACAGCAGGAGUGUAAUGAUCAGUAUCAAAGUGGGAUCAAAUCUGGAGAAAUCGCCGAGACAACUGGAGGAAGCCUGUCGUGUCAAACAAUAUACCACCUAACUUUACCGGAUUGGUCAGAUCAAGGAGAUAUGAAACUGGAGGAAGUGAUCACAACAUGCCUUGAAAAAGCAGACGCAGAUGGACAUUCUUCUAUUGCUUUUCCAGUACUAGGAGUUGGGAAACUCAAAUAUCCACCAGAUGCUGUUGCAAAAAUCUUCUUCGAAACAGUCAUAGGAUUUGCAGAAAGAAGUCCAGGUUCCCUGCAGAAAGUUGUAGUUGCCAUUUUCAAUUCCAACGAUGCCAUCAAGGCAUUUGAUAAUGAGCGAAAAAACCACUUGUUUGAAACAAGAAUUCAGAUUAAUGCAAGGCUUGACCAAACUAUUCUUUCAAACUCGGCUCGAAUGCGUUUCCAGCCAUUGUCAUUAGGACAGACUAAAGGUGCAAAAAGACCAAAAGUUUCAUACGUGGUGGGCAAUAUAGCCAAUCAAAAUGCAGAUGUGUUAGUGAAUUCCACAAUACCCAGCUUGGAUUUGACUAGUGGACCAGUAACCAAGGCGAUACUUGCUGCAGCUGGACCUGGCAUCCAGCAGGAAUGUCAGACGAACUACCCCAAUGGCAUCAAGAGCUGGGAGGUGGCAGUGACCAGUGGAGGACAGCUGAAAUGCAAGCAGAUAUACCACACAACUCUUGUAAAAUCUGAGUGGUCCGACAUCAAACAGAAUUAUGAAGGUCUAAUCAAACGUUUGUUGGACACAGCUGAAUCUGCAAGCCUAGAGUCGAUAGCAUUUCCUGUGUUGGGAGCUGGUGUACUGAAAUACCCCCCUGAUGAAGUGGCAAAAUGCAUGUUUGAAACAGCUUUGGCAUUUCGAGGAAUACAUCUGAAAACCAUCAUAUUUGCAAUACAUCCAAAAGAUGAAUCUAUUCAAACGGCAUUUAAAACCGAGCUGAGAAGACGUAUAGAUUUGAAUAGAAGUGUUAAGCCCGCAGGCCAAGGUGCAGCAUUCAGCAUCAGUCUGGUGAAAGAUGAUAUUGCUCAACAAAGGGUGGAUGUCAUUGUGAACUCAACAACUCCAAACCUCAACCUUCUUAGUGGACCGGUCACCAAGGCCAUAGUCAAGGUCGCUGGUGAUAGCAUACAGCAGGAGUGUAAAGACAAAUAUCCUAAUGGAAUUAAAGCUGGUGAAAUUGCCGUUACUGGAGGUGGAAACCUGCACUGCAGAUUUGUUUAUCAUACAACACUGGACAAGUGGUCUCCAGAUGAAAAGACUGUUACGGCUUUGAGAAAUCUAAUUGCAAACUGUCUCUCACAAGCGGCCAAAGAUGGUCUUGCCAGUAUUGCAUUCCCUGUGAUGGGGACUGGUGUUCUCAAAUAUCCAAGAGAUGUUGUCAGCAAUGUUAUCUUUGAGAGCUUUGACAGUUUCAGCAAGAAUCAUCCAAACACCUCACUUCAAGUCAAGGUGGUUAUACACCCAAACGAUGUGGAAAACUGGAGGGUGUUUACACAUACUGAACAACCGAGUGAUUCUCGUGAGAGCCAGGGUGCUGCUGGGCCAGAAGAAUCUUUUGAAGGACAGUUCCAGCAGAUUCCCCAAGAGUGGAGUCUGAUGGGAAAAACUGAUUUUUACAAACUAGUUCAAGUGCUACCUGGAACUACGGAAUAUCAAACGGUGGAACAGAAUUUCUCCAGUAGUCUCCAGCAAGCUGUUACAAUUGUUAAGAUUGAACGGAUUCAGAACAAGACCCUGUAUUAUCAAUAUUUUGCAAUGAAAAAUCGAUAUGAAGUCCAGAACCAAGGAAUACAAAAUGAGCGAAUUCUUUGGCAUGGAACAUCUUCAGAUGUGAUCACCUGUAUCAACACAUAUGGAUUUAACAGAAGUUAUUGUGGGAAAAAUGCAACUAUGUAUGGUCAAGGAGUUUACUUUGCUACUAAUGCAUCAUAUUCUGCAUCUGAGAGAUAUUCUGUGCCAGACAAUGAUGGAUGUAAAUACAUAUAUCAGACCAAGGUAUUAACUGGAGAAUUUACUGCUGGAGACAGUUCCUUAAAGGUUCCUCCAGUGAAGCCAAAUUCAGAGUCCCACAUUAAAUAUGACUCUGUAGUUGACGAUCCUAACAACCCUUCCAUCUUCGUCAUUUUCCACGACACCCAGGCUUAUCCACAAUAUCUGAUAACUUUCAAAUAAAAUUGUAGCAGAAUGUGAAAAUGUUAUUAUGUGGGAGUCUUUGUUGGGUAGUAUUAACAAGAUCAGAGUGUGAAACGGAAAAACAGAAUUAUGCACUCAUUCUGCUAAGGAUUCUAUAAAAAAUUAUACUGAGGGAUCUUCAGAACACUGCAUGUAUAAUUAUAAUGGAAUGACCAGUAAUAUAAAAAUUAAACUGUCUUAAAUAUAGAAUGUGGCCAAUUAGCAGUUACAUUUGAAUCCCGUUGGCUCGAACCCUGUCGGUGCUUGAGAAAGUGUUCGACCCAUCGGGUAGUUCGACCAAACCAUUAGAUCAACAACGUGUAAGUGUAACUUGAGACUUUGCUUUUAGUUCAAGCAUUGCGCUGUAUUCGACCCUUCCGAGUAUGACCCAAUGAGAUUCUACUGUACUUACACUUUGGAUUAGCAUUUUUGCUCUAAAUUCAUACAGUAAUUUAUGAUUUUAAAAGUGACUUUCUAAAGGAAUUUUCUCAAUAUUUCAUCAUGCAGUAUAUUAUUAUUAACAUCAAAAGGAAGGAAUUAAUGUUUAACAAAACUUCAGAAAAAAACAUUGACUACUAUGUGUCAAACAAAUUAUUAUGUGAACAGUAUAUAAAGCUGUGAACAGUUACAUACCUUAAAGACCCAAUGACAAACAUGUAAGCAAACAUAAAAUGGCAAACGUUUGUCAAAAAACACAAAAAAUAAAACAGACACUCAAAACAGUGUGUAGAGCUGUGUUCAACAAAACAACAAAAAAUCAUUAAACUACACUAAGAAACACCAUAACACCAAACUAUCAAGACAUGGUUUUACAGACAAAAAAUUUUUUAAAAUGAAAAAUAACCCACAUGUAUUAUAGACUUUGAAUGCAUGACGAUGUACAUUAUCACAGAUGCUUAUAGAAACAAUUUUUAAAAUGUUUAAGAAACACUAGAAAAUGUGUGCUGUAGUAGCCACUCCCGUGGAAAACUAGGAGACUCUUUGCCACCCCUUCAUCACAAAGAGGACCAACACAUCUAUAGCAACAUCCACAGGAGUGUAAUGAGAGACUUGGAUGUUUUUGUUGGGACUUCAGUGUUUCUGCCAGAAAGACAUUUUUGGGUAUGGUGUAUGGAAUUGAAUGCAUCCACAGCCAACAGGGUGUGGGGAGCCUCCCCCAGAAUUUUGUUUUUUUUUAAAUUUGGGUAUGGUGCCAUACCCGUUUUACCCUCUGGCAGAAACCCUGGACAUCACAUAAAUCCAUGGUAUAGAUGAUAAUUAUAAUGUGACGAAUGGUGGGAGACGGUCAAGACCAACAUGUACAUAAUGUUUUAAAAAUGCACUCAUUUUUUACUUAUUAACUAAAUAAAUACAGCCAUCAUGACCAAUUUGUUCUUUUACAGGUUUGUUUAAUCAUGUAUUUGUUAUCAAUGAAAUAAAUCCAAAACAAAACUGAAAACUCAAUAAUGUUGGUCAAAUUAUGUCAUUGUGACAGUAAAAAGUGGCAGAGACAAUAUAUAAUUCUACAGGAGGCAGUGCAUGUUCUUUGCUUUACUUUUUGCAAAAUGUUAUAUGUGGGGGAAGGGUAUUUUAAAAAUGCCAGAUUUUGCUACAUGUAUAUACAUAAUUGUUGAACAUUGCCAUAUUAUAUAUUAUGUAAACCGUAAUAAUCAUUUUUAUUUUAUUUUAUAAUGAUAAUAUUGUUAUUAAAUAUCUUGUUCAUUAUGUAUUUUCUUGCAGUAGGUUAUUUUUUAAAUAUCUGGGUUUUUCUAACCAGAUAUAUUUAAAAUAACUUUUAAGCUUAAAACACUUUUUUAUUUGUUUUUUAAUGUUAGAAUUAUAAAAUAGCAGGCCUCCCAGCCACAUAUUAAAAUAUAGGAAAUAUAGGAAUUUGCAUACCAAAAUAUAGGAGUUUUAUAGGAAUUUUGAAGUCAAAUAUAGGAGUUUUAUAUGAAAAUUUGGACCGAUUAUCAUGAUUGUAGGCAUUUUACAUGGAUUUCUAAAGACAUUUACAUUACUAAUCAUUAGGUGUGUUCAUUUAUGUCCUUGCCUUCUUACUGUGUAUAUAUUUUAACAGUUGAAUAAUGGCAGUUGACCUCUUAUAAUUACUGUUGCGUGAAGGAUAUAGUUUGGAACCAGAUGUCAAACACAAUUAUUUAUAAGUAUAUUUUCCAAAUAAUUAUUAAAUGGAAUUUUUUUUUAUAUAAAAUAAUAAAAUUCCAGGAUUUUCCAGGGGGUUAAUUCAUUUUUCCAGGAGUUUUAAUCACUUUCCAGGAUGAAAUUAAAAUUUAAGCACUUUCCAGGGUUUUGCAGGAUGCGUGCGAACCCUGUAAUGGUAUGUUCUUACCUUACGUAUGUACACAAGAUACCAUCUACUACCUCAGCAAAUAUAUACCAAGGCUUGCCAGCAGUCCAUGCCGAUAUCCAGGAUACUUUGAAAGUUGGUACAUCUUUUAUCAGUAAUACACCCUCCUCACCUCAUCAGGUGAGCAGGAUCUUGAUUGGCACUUGAUACAGAUCUCCCACAUUCAAAGCAUCUUCUGAAUUUCUGACAGGCUGGCUGCCUUUCACUACAAAUAUGACUCGGUAACAUAUUUUAUUCAUCGGCAUUCAUUGGCAUUUUGGCAAAGCAGUUGGGUAAAAUAUAGAAAAUGAAUCUCAAUAUAGGACUUUUAUAGGAUCCUGUAAAAAAAAUAUAGGGAACAUAGGAGGUCUGGGAGGCCUGAAAUAAGUCUUGACAGUCCUAAAGUUACUAAUCCUGUUAUAGAAACCAAAUGUUUUACGAAUGGCUAUAAUUAUAAAAUUUUACAAUAUAUGUCAUGAGUGCCAUUAUUAAUUACUGUUUGUAGAAAUUUAUUUUUUGAAGAUGCAUGUACUCAGAAAUUUAUACAUUUAUUUAUGGUU